AUGCCGGCGAAGCGCUACGCACAGGAGAGUUCCGCCGCCGUGCGGAGCGAGGUCGCCGGUCGUCCAACAACGCCUCCUCGCUACUACGGAGAACCACACAAGUUUGAUCCAUUCUUCAGAGGUCCUGUCCGCAAAAGGGGCUGCACUGAUGUCCUGUGUUGUUUGAUCUUCAUGGUCGUCAUCCUUGCUUAUGGGGCUCUUGGGAUUGUGGCCUGGCUGCACGGAGACCCCCGGAAGGUUCUCCACGCCACAGACAGCUACGGCCAGUUCUGCGGACAGGACGGAACGCCCAACGCGAAGAAGCCAAUACUGUUCUACUUCAACAUCCUGAAGUGUGCCAACCCAGCUGUUCUUAUCAAUCUUCAGUGUCCGACCACACAGAUGUGCGUGUCAAAGUGUCCGGACAGGUUUGCCACCUACACAGACAUGCAGCUGCAGAACGCGCUGGGCAGCAGUUACUGGAACUAUUACAGGCAGUUCUGCAAACCUGGCUUCAACAACCCCAACAAGCCCGUGUCUCAGGUUCUGCGAGACGAGGACUGCCCCUCGAUGAUCAUUCCUAGCAGACCAUUCCUCCAGCGGUGUCUGCCGGACUUCAUCCCUCUGAACGGGACGCUGACGGUGGCCAACCACACCCGGUUCAGAGACGCCCUGGACGCCCCUCGCAGCGUGGCCGAGCUGCGUCAAGCUGCCAAGUAACCCCCCAUUCAACUCAGGUUUUUUUUUUUUCCUCUAUGUUUCCUUAUAAUACAGACUUCCUUCUUUUCUUUUGGCAGUGGCAUAACAGGGCUAGUGGACGCAAAGGAGUGGGGCAUGAAGAUAGUGGAAGACUAUGCUAAAUCCUGGCAAUGGAUACUCAUUGGUCUGCUGAUAGCUGCGGCGGUUAGCCUAACCUUCAUACUGCUACUGAGGUUCACUGCCGGCUUGCUGCUCUGGGUCACCAUCCUCGCUGUCAUGCUCCUCGUCGCUUACGGAAUGUGGUACUGCUCUAGAGAGCUCUCUGGCCUCGGUGAGAGACCAGGCUCCGAUGUUGCCAUUAUGGAGGUUGGCUUUCAUACCGACCUACAAGUCUAUCUUCAGCUGAGGCAAACAUGGGUCAUAUUCUUGGUUUUCCUCGGGGGGAUAGAGGCUUCCAUCAUGUUGAUGCUGAUCUUUCUGAGGGGAAGGGUCCAAGUAGCCAUCACUCUUCUCAGAGAAGCUAGCAAAGCUACUGGCCACAUCAUGUCAUCUCUGUUCUACCCUCUCAUCACCUUCCUCCUGCUGGCUCUCUUCAUCUCCUAUUGGGCCGUUACCGCAGUAUUGCUAGCUUCCUCAGGUGAGGCGGUCUACAAGGUGAUGGCACCAGAUAUCACCUGUCCCUACGCCAACAGCACCUGCACCCCUGAGACGUUCAACAGGAAGUCCAACUGGUCGGCGGCGGCCCGGGCGUCCUGCGAGGGCUCACGCUGCACGUUCGCCCUCUACGGCGGCGAGACGCCGUACCACCGCUUCCUGUUCCUGCUGCAGCUCUUCAACCUGCUGGCCUGCCUGUGGCUGCUGAACUUCAGCCUGGCCCUGGAGCAGUGCACCCUGGCCGGGGCCUUCGCCAGCUACUACUGGGCCCGCCGGAGGCCCCGCGACGUGCCCCCCUGCCCGCUGUUCUCCUCCUUCAGCAGGGCUGUCAGAUACCACACAGGGUCUCUGGCUUUCGGCUCACUGAUUCUGUCAGUUGUCCAGCUUGCCCGAAUACUGUUAGAAUACCUGGAUGAGAAACUAAGAGGAGCUAACAACGUCGUAGCCAGGUUCAUAGUGUGCUGCCUAAAGUGCUGUUUCUGGUGCCUGGAGCGAUUCAUACGUUACAUGAAUCGCAACGCUUACAUCAUGGUGGCCAUCUACGGAACUAACUUCUGCACCUCAGCGCGGGAGGCGUUCUUCCUACUGAUGAGGAAUGUCGUCAGGGUGGCUGUCCUCGACAGGGUGACAGACUUUCUGCUGUUCCUCGGAAAAUUGCUCAUCGCAGGCGGGGUUGGCGUGCUGGCUUUUUUCGUCUUUGACAGAAAGCUCACUAUAUUCGUGGAAGUGCCCGAUCUCAACUUUUAUUGGGUCCCGAUUGUGACGGUGUUCCUGGGGUCCUAUCUGAUCGCCCAUGGCUUCUUCAGCGUGUACGCCAUGUGUGUGGACACACUCUUCCUCUGCUUCUGUGAAGACCUGGAGCGGAAUGACGGCAGCGCGGAACGGCCUUUCUUCAUGUCCCCAGGGCUCCACCAACUUCUUGGAAAAUCCAGUCCGUCUCGGUAGCAUUUCUUCACCUGGAUUUGCACGCAUUAAAAUCGAUCAGACAAUCGUCAUGCAACAAGCUUUUUCAAUGCUGGUGUCCCCGUUUCUCUUUCACAACCAGUGGAAGAAGCAAAGAGAGAAGAAUGCAUGUCACCUAAAACCUGCCCGUCACUUUCCUAAUCAGUGUCUCCCAGAGAGUUAGUCCGACCUUACAACUGCGAGCAACAGCGAGCGAGGCUUCCUGGGGAGGUUCUCUCUCUGUGAGAUCUUUGUAUAAGGACGAACAAGGAAAGGUAGAGCGCGUGAUUCCAUGUGAGCCUAUGGUAGAUCCUCACGUUGUUUACCACAACAUAUGUGUUGGCGACACUUAAAAACCAACCGAUGAACUACUAGUCGCGUGCCACUGCUUCAAACCGUCUAAGAGACCACACAACGACCUUCUACUGUAUAGCUUCUGGAAUAGCUGGAUUCAUACUUUAAUGCCGCCUUAUCUUAUACUGCUUUGCCCGCAAGUGUUUUUCUUCUAUCAUGAAACAAUAACAAUUUUGGAGAACUGAAAAGAUCAGUAAAUCUCAAUUCAGAGACGAGGUUGGUUGCAAGGAUUCAGAUUCCAUGUGACUGAGGAAGCCUGAGCUCUCAAAAGAGACUUGAAUAUCUAUAUAUAUUGCAUGUCAUGUCAUGUAUGUGUUCUUUGUGGAUAAUAACCGUUCAUUGUUCCAAGGGCUAUGAUGGUAUGUUAUAUUUUUUGGGCAAUUGUACAUUAAGCAGACUUUUUUCAAUUCAAUCUUCAUGCUGUACAUUUUUAUGUACAAUAUCUCUAUGGCUGCUUUAACAUUUAUUUAAGCACUGUGAUUGUAUGCGUUGAGGUUACUUGAUGUGAUGGUAUAUACAAUAGAAUGAUGAAUUAAUUGAUUGAUCGUUUUUUUGUAUACUGAUAGUGUUCUAUAAUAACAUGAAUUGUUGUGAGGUUCUCCAUAAAAGGGUGAGGCGAUGUCCAACACAUUUUUACAGUCACUCUUUAUGACAUGUUCCUGUUGCAGUAGGACGACGGGAGAGCUUCGUCCUGAAUUCGAUGAUCUCUGGAGAAGGUAAUCGUCAUAUCAAAAGUUACAGAUGGAUAACUUUUGGUUUUUGGUUGGAUUUUGAUAAAAAAUUGUCUCGACCGUAAAAUGCCAAUUAUACUGUAGGUGGUGUUAUAUAGUCCUCAAUUUAUUGUAUGUUACAGUUUUAUAGUUUUUUUUUUAAUAAGGACUGUAAAAUGCAUACAAGAUAUUUCACUGUAUAUAUUUCACUUUAUACGCAUCCUCUUGAGAGAUAGGGCAUUAUGGUAACCUUUACUAAAAUGAAAGGGGCGGCAAGUCUAAUAGAAGGGAAAGGUGAUUUUUUUAUCGCAAUCAAAUGGUAGAUCGGAAUGCACAUUGCAUAAACUUUGAAUUGAAAUGCAAAUGAUUGCUUUUUUUAUAGUGUAGUUUCAGAAGACAUCUCUUUGAUUUUCUAUAACUGUCAUUCACUACCUGAACAUUA